AUGAAUUAAGGCGGAUCAAACGAAUUAUUGACAUUGAAAAGAGAGAAGUUUAGAGUCUAAAUAAGACACUAAAAACUAACAGAGGAGUUUAAGAAAAAAAGGAGGUUUUAUAAUUAUGAAUAGACAAAAAAUGAUUUUCUACAUAAGGUUUGUGAUGAACUUGCUAAAUACCAAUUUAAAGAGUAGUUAGUUGAAGAAGAUCUUAAUAAUAUUAAGUUAUUACUGAAAGUACUCUAGAAAGCCUUAGAGGAUGAAUAAAAUAUUGAUUAUUGGGUGACUGAAAAUAUAGUAAAAAAAUUUAGAUUUCUUAUUAAUCUCUCUAAAGCGGAUAGUGAAUUUCAAGAAAUCAAUGCAACUCUCAUUCAAAGUGUUUUCUACUAUCUAAACAGAGAAGAUUAUUAAAGAUUUGCAGAAUUAGAUGAUAUUCAACUAUUGGAAUACCUAAAGAACAAUAUUAAAGAAGAGAUACUAGAAAUCUUUCCUUAAACUUUAAAUUGCAUCUAUUUUCUUGCCUAAGAAAAAUAGACUUAUAGAGAUUUUAUCAUCCAAAAUGAUUUUGAAUUUUUAGCAUAAUUAAUGGUCCUUGACCCUUUUAGACAAUUUUCUGAAGUUAUCUUAGCCUUGAUAGGAUCAGCCUUUACAUUUUGUUAGGAUAUAAAUAUUGAAAACAUAAAAUCGAUUAAAGAAUACGUGAUCAAGUCCUAUUUUGAUGAAAAUUAAGCCAUAAAAAGACUAGCCUUAGAAAUUUUGGAGGAAAUCCCUUCGAAAUUAUCAUUCGAGACUAAUUAUUCAUUUGCGGAUGAGAUCAUUUCUUCCCCUAUGUUCUUAAAGAUAUAUGAUGCUGCUUUAAAAACUAGUUAUGACUUUUUGGCUUUAAAAGUUGUGAUUAUUUAUUUUGGGAUAAGUGAUAAAUUCUUCGAUAAAGAACUCACUAUCUAUAAGAAAGUAGUAAAUUCAAAUCUGCAAUCACAAGACCUCAACAAAGCAUUAAGAAUCUAAUUAUUUUGGGCUAUUUCCAAUAAAAUCCAUAAUAAUGAAUUUUUGGUUAAAUUAUUAGACUCUAAGUUAUUGGAGGAAAUAUUUGAACAGUGUUUUGAAUUGUCAGACAAUGAGGCUCUUGAAUUCUCUUAUGUUAUUUUGAAUCUAUCCAUUUUAUCUAAUGAAGAAUAGCUAUCAAAAUUAAUUAAAAUAGGAUUGUUUAAUAUAUGCAAUCAUUUCUUUUCAAUGGAAGCACGAUCUAUAAAGAUUGAAGAACAUACCCUCAAAGCUUUAAUUAAUAUACUACACAAGUUAUCUGAUUGUUAGGAUAUUAACAAUGAACUAGUAUUACCAUUCUCAUCAGUUAUAAAAAUGCUUGAAAUGACUGGAAUUGUUAACAAAGUAAAGGAAAGCAAAGGUGAUGAUAAAUUAAUCCAGGAUUUUGAUGUUUAUUUUUGA